CAUAAUUCGCACCAUGCGUUGUCUAAAAUGAGUUAUUUAAAUCUCUUUCAGUCCUUGCUGUUAGGUGAUUGGUAUUUUGCUUUUGCCUUCUCUUCGGAAUCGGAUACAGGAGCUGAUUUCACGGUCCAUCUAUGAAAAAAUUUUGAGCCGUUCGAUCGAUCACUUCGCAAUAUUUCUUCCGUUACGACUCCUAAACCCUCUCGAGUUUUUUCUCAGUUUCGUCGGAAUCCGGCAUCUCGCCGGCGAACUCUCCGUACUGUUGAGAUGCUUCUUUAGGAAUUACAGUGAAACCUGGGCUUUAUAGUCUGGGAGUGGCCUUUUCUUUGGUAAAUGGGCUGCCUUCAUUCAACAGCUAGAAAGCAGUUUUCAGGUCACGAGGACCCUGUAAUUCUUGCAUCUCAAACAGCUUUCAGUGUCAGUGAAGUUGAGGCACUGUUUGAACUGUUUAAGAGCAUUAGUAGUUCUGUGGUUGACGAUGGGCUAAUAAGUAAGGAGGAGUUUCAAUUGGCUCUUUUUAAGAAUGGAAAGAAGGAGAACCUCUUCGCAGAUCGGAUUUUUUACCUGUUUGAUGUCAAGAAAAAGGGAGUCAUUGAUUUUGGAGACUUUGUACGAGCACUCACUGUUUUCCAUCCUAAUGCUCCACAAGAAGACAAAAUAAACUUUUCAUUCAAGCUUUAUGAUUUAGAUGGCACAGGAUUCAUUGAACGCCAGGAGGUCAAGCAAAUGUUGAUUGCACUUCUCUGUGAAACAGAAAUGAGGUUGGCUGAUGAGACCAUUGAAGCCAUACUUGAUAAGACAUUCUUGGAUGCUGAUGUAAAUCAGGAUGGGAAGAUUGACAUAUCCGAAUGGCAGAGUUUUGUUUCUCGUAACCCAUCAUUGAUGAAAAUUAUGACCCUUCCAUAUCUCCGGGAUAUAACGACAACUUUUCCAAGUUUUGUGUUUAACUCAGAAGUUGACGAGUUUGCUACAUGAGUGCCUACUACCAUCUAUCUAUACUUCAUCUACAGAGAAACUAUGGAUGUUCUUCUGACUCAACUUAGACAAAAGGCUGAGAAUAUUAGUGAUAGAUAAGGUUCAGUCCCACCUAAUCUACCCACUAAGGGUAAAAGAAAAGUCUUUUCUUUUUUGACAUUAGUAAAGGUGCAGAUGUUGUCUUUAUGAGCGUAGGUCACAAUUAACUGACAAGCUAUUUGUGCUAAUUGUCAUCAAUUAAUUAAUUGUAAAGCUAUUUGUGCUAACUGUUCAUAGUUAGUUCUAUCAAUCCAUCUAUUAUUGUUUUCUUA